CAGAAUAUAUUAAAAAUUCCGAACUAAUAAGUUUCACGUUAUAUUCAAGUGAGUUCUUAUAGAAGAAACCAGUGUAGUGAUCACCAAAUCACAAUUCAGUAAAAAUGUCUGUCGCUUCAAUUAACUUGUUACUGUGUCUUAUCAUCGGCAUUUUGCAUGCAAAUGAUGCAUUAGAAUUGGCGGGUGCAGGACGAUUUUAUAGUCAAGAUCUUAAGAUACCAUUGAUGGACAUAGAAGGAAUAGAAACCUCUUUUAUUGAAGCAUUCAACACAAUUUCUAAAAACUUUGAAAAAAAAUAUGCAAAUCAGAAUCAGGAAUGCCAAAAUAUAUUCUCCAAUCCAGCAAAAUAUUUUUCUCUUUGGACUGAAUCGUCUAAAAAACCUCUUCUUAAAUUGUGUAGCAAGAGGAAUGAUACAAGUACACUUAUGAAAAAUAAAAUGAAGUGCGUUCUUAGAAUUCAAGAAUAUUUCGACUACUACAUCCGUAGUUUUACUUUCAGUCAAUUAAAUAGUUGUUUAAAUGAAAAACAAUUGGAUCAAACUGAUCUAAAUGUCAGUGUUCUAGACAACCUAAAUGUAUCAGAAGACAGCAUUGAUAAUGAUUUUUAAUUUUCCGUUAAUAUAGCAAUGGAAGUAAUUUUUCAAUGUCUCUUAAAAUUACCAAAUUUGUUAAAUUGAAUAAUAAAAAAAUAAUUCAACAGAUUA